AUGGAAGACUACAAAAUUUAUUCAGGGACUAGUAUGGCGAGAUUUGCACCACGUCGCCGUGUAGUAAUGGGCAUCAUAGCUGGGCUCAUUCUGUUCCUCCCCAUCUGGCGUUUCGAGGUCCUUCAAGAAACUAUCCCACCCUCCAUUCAGGCCUCUGUCGACCGUUUCAACUUCAUGAAGAACAAGUCACCACAAAUCCGUAAUAAUAUCGCCAUUGCAUCAAGCUUCGGAUUUCACUUUGAUGUGUAUUUGGCGGUUGCAUGGACGCUCCAGCGGGUGAUGCGACAAGGCAGCGUUCAGCUUUACACUCCAACACCAUACUAUUUCGACUUCCAAACAAUAAUUGACAAAUAUGACCUCUAUCGAGGGUCAGUGAAAGACUACGAGGAUCUGUCGAAAGAUAUCAUGGAUAAUAGCGUAAACGGCGGGUUCGACCUUGUCAUACUCGGGACAUGCGAAAUUGACAUGCGAAACUGGAACAACGACCUUUUAAAAGCAUGGGACGCUCGAGACGCUCAGCAUAAAUUUCAACUCGUCUGUAUUGUUCACAACGCCUUAGAUGAUGGAUGGCACGGUUAUAUUUCAGAAUGGUCCCGCCGAAAUGCCAUUAGAGUGCUUACUAUCUCGGAGCAUGUCGCACGCUCCUUCAGGUCCAAAUUCCAGAAUAAUGCACGCAGUGCUGAUCCCGCGCUGAAAUUAGCCGCAUUGGAAUACAUCCCUGUUGACUUCCAUAUUCCAAUACUGGAUUUACAACAUUUUCCCGAACUCUCACCUACCCGAAUGCUGUCUAACGCUGUUAUUCAAGGGUCAUUCGAUAGCAAUAGGCGUGACUAUACGCGCAUAUUCUCGGAAUUAAACGCGUCCCUUCACGCCAACCCAGAGGUAUGGGGUUAUCUACCAUUUGGAAACGGCCCCUCUUUUAUCCAAAAUAAGCGCUCAAAUGAUCCGGCGUUCAAGCUUCACCUUGUCGGUAGUGGCUGGAUAACAGUGCCCGACGAGCUGAAAAAUCUGAUUGUGUUCCAUACCAAUCUCAACUAUACCGACUUUUAUGAGGUCAUGGGUGGAAUGGACAUCUGUAUACCUGCCUUUUUGAGCGAGGAUGAUAUAAAUUUCAAAUACCAAGCAAGCUCAAGUAUUGCGAUGUGCAUGGAGUCAAAUGUGCCAAUCCUGGCAUUGGAACAGCUUCGAAAUGCUUAUACACAUGUAGACGACGACAGGAUAACAAUUACCCGUCCAGCAAUCAUGAGCGAAAUUGAGGCGGUCAAAGCUCUUCGCACUGGUGAUGCUACGGAAUUCCUGGCUGAAACAGGACCGAUAUCCAAUUUUGCUGCUUUAUCCCUGGGCUCACACCCAAAGGUACUACACGCAGUGAAAAAGCUUGUCAAAGGAGGGUGGGUACGUAGUAAGAGAAACUUCGAAAUUUGCAAGCGAGAGACGUGGAAAAGGAAUGAAGAAGUCAUCUAUAGAUUGUUGAGGGAUCUAUAG